AUGGAACAAGCGGAAGUGAUCAAUCAAAAGAGUGUUGUUUCAUGCAAUAGUGGAUAUCUUUCAAAUACAACAACAUGCAUCAAAUGUGGAGAUGUGUACCCAAACACUUUAAUUUGUGAAUACCAAAAGUCGACAAAAUGUGACUCGUUAAGUGAAAUGAACACCAACAAAACAUGUGAGUUGACCAAUUGCGAACAUCCAAAUGACUUGAAUGGAAAAUGUACAACUGAGUUGUUAAAUUGUCAAAGUGUUUUAAACGCCAAAUGUGUUGAAUGUCCAAAUAAAAUGCUUUUAAAUGGUGAAACAUGUGUUUUAAAUGAUGAUGAAAAGUGUAUUAAAACGUACACGAGUGGCUGUGCUAGAUGCGGAUUUGGGUUUUAUUAUAAUUUAAUAACACAAAGAUGUGAAACAUGUGACUCAAAUUGUGAGACGUGUUAUUAUAAUUCGACUUUCUGUAUGA